UGCUUGUCAAAGGCUCGUGGCUCUUUGACUACCGAUUGCGCCUUGAUAAAAAUCAGACGGGCGCUCCACCCGCACAAGAAUAAUCAUACUUUCGUAAUUUUAUUGAUCAAACAAUGUUAUUUAUAUUUGAUGUAUUAAUGAAUAAUCCAAAUUAUUCACUAUUCAAGGUUUUGCACUGAUACUGCGUUUGCCUUCUUCAGUUUGCCAUGGCGACCGUGGUGAUGGAGCAGAUUGGUCGCCUGUUCAUCAAUGCUCAACAGUUGCGUCAGAUUCCUCAGCUGCUUGAGUCAGCCUUCCCUACUCUGCCCUGCACCGUGAAGGCCCAUGAUGUGCCCUGGGUGUUCCGUGAGCCUCACAUCCUUGGAGGCUACAGGCAGCCGGAACACAGCUGGCGCUACUACUUCCUCACCCUCUUCCAGAGGCACAACGAGGCACUCAAUGUUUGGACCCACCUGCUCGCCGCCUUUAUCAUCCUGGUCAAGUGCCAGGAGCUGUCCGAGACAGUGGAUUUUCUCCGUGACCCCCACGCCCAGCCCCUGUUUAUUGUCCUCCUCUCAGCCUUCACCUACCUGUCGUGCAGUGCCCUGGCCCACCUGCUCAACGCCAAGUCCGAGCUCUCCCACUACACCUUCUACUUCCUGGACUAUGUGGGCGUGGCCAUCUACCAGUAUGGCAGCGCCCUGGCCCACUUUUACUAUGCCAUAGAGGAGGGCUGGCACACCCGGGUGCGAGGGAUCUUCCUGCCCACCGCAGCGUUCCUAGCCUGGUUCUCGUGCUUCGGCUGCUGCUACGGCAAGUAUGCCAGCCCGAGGCUGCCCAAAUUUGCCCACAAGCUGUUCCAGGUGGUGCCCUCGGGCCUGGCCUACUGCCUGGACAUUAGUCCCGUGCUGCACCGCAUCUACAGCUGCCACCAGCAGGAGGGGGGCUGCUCCAACCAGGCUGUGGCUUACCACCGCUACCAGGUAAUCUUUUUCCUGGUGAGUGCCUACUUCUUUGCCUGCCCCCACCCAGAGCGCUGGCUGCCCGGGCGAUGUGACUUCAUUGGCCAGGGCCACCAGAUCUUCCACGUGUUCCUGGUGCUGUGCACCCUGGUGCAGAUCGAGGCGACACGCAUAGACUACAUUGAGCGGAGGCCCCUCUACGAGCGUCUCCACGGCAACCUGGCCCAUGAUGCAGUGGCGCUCUUCAUCUUCACGGCAUGCUGCAGCGCGCUCACUGCCUUCUACGUGCGGAAACGUGUGCAGGCACAACUGUGCGAAAAAGAGAAGUAGGAGCUGUCAGGACAGAGGGAGAAAGGAGGAUAAGGGAGAAAGACUAAUCUGAUUUACACUGGAAAGCUAAAAAAAAAAGACAAGAGAUUAAAGCAAUUAGACUGUUCAUUUUGUAAAAACAAUGACCUGCUGUUUAUUUUAUUUUUUUAUUUUUUUUGUGGCCUGCCAAAUGACAUUUUAAACUGGCAUUGACUGUCUUGUGAUGUUGACCUUCCAGGAAGACAGAAACAUCCUGGUAGUUUCUGUCUGUCACAUCACAAGCAGUCCCUGUAACACUCCAAAUAACAUCUUUGCACUUCACAGAGAGGGUAAGAUGAAGGUCGGAAUUGAGACUUUUUAUUGUGUUGAUUUUCCUAUUCAUUUUCCACUCUCUACUGUGAGAUCACAUGUCAUGGCCUGGCUAGCUACUGAAUAGUCUGAAUGACUGUUUGACUACAUACUGUACUGUACAGACUGACCAACACCAGGCAUGACACAGACCAUCUCAAUAGAGGUAUGCAGAAAAGAAUGGAAAGAAUACCCACGUUGCCCUUAAGUGGAUCAUCAAAUAAAUAAUUACAAUAGUUUAAUAAUUUCUCACCAGCUUUUAUUUCUUAAAAGUACAAUGUGAGUUUCAAAGCUAUUUGACUACCAAGUCAAAUGUUAAUGCUUAAUGAAGACCAGUAUUCUUUUUUUUAUUCCUUGGUUAUCUCAUGAUAUUCCAGUGAGCUGCAGUCGACAAAUGCUGUCUCCCCUACUCAUUCUCUCUGUUUUAUCUACCAUUUUCUCUGCCCAUUUUCUCCAAAGCUGGGUUUGCUAACUGAUUGAGGUGCCUAUACGCGCUGUCAGAUAUAAUAGACUGGCAGUUGGACUGGGCUAGAGGCAUACCACGCACAAUUUGCAAACCAAACAGAACAUUUCUCCUCUAAGACACAUAUAGUGGCCAUUUUACUAACAUGUGGAUUGAUCAUGUCAAAGAACAAAGCUGGCACUCUUAGGAUAGUUGGCGUAAGAAAUGGAUGGAACUAUGUGCCCAAGAUGACUAUGAUGUCUCCUUGUCGUUGUGAUAAUAUUCCUUUGUAUUCAAAGGGCUGGAACUUCAGCUUUUGCCUUUUCACACCCGAUGAUGUCAAUGCCUUUGUGUGUAUUGUUCAGUCUUUUCAUGGACUUGACUUUACUCACAAAAGGGCUGUCUUAGUACUUAGUAUGGUGACUAACUGUUUGUACAUUUGUAUGUAUAUGUAUGGUUGGGUAUGUACAGUUGAAGUCGGAAGUUUACAUACUCUUAGGUUGCAGUCAUUAAAACUCAUUUUAAAAGACUCCACAAAUUUCUUGUUAACAAACUAUACUUUUGGCAAGUCGGUUAGGACAUAUACUUUGUGCAUUACACAAGCAACAAUUGUUAACAGACAGAUUAUUUAACAAAAAUUCCAUGUAUCAUAAUUCCAGUGGAUCAGAAGUUUACAUACCAAGUUGACUGUGCCUCUAAACAGCUUGGAAAAUUCCAGCUGAAGCUUCUGAUAGGCUAAUUGACAUCAUUUGAGUCAAUUGGAGAUGUAUUUCAAGGCCUACCUUCGAACUCAGUGCCUCUUUGCUUGACAUCAUGGGAAAAUCAGAAGAAAUCAGCCAAGACCUCAGAAAACAAAUUGUAGACCUCCACAAGUCUGGUUCAUCCUUGGCAGCAAUUUGCAAAUGACAGAAGUUACCACGUUCAUCUGUACAAACAAUAGUAUGCAAGUAUAAACACCAUGGGACCGCGCAGCCGUCAUACCGCUCAGGAAGGAGACGCAUUCUGUCUUCAGGAGAUGAAUGUACUUUGGUGUGAAACGUGCAAAUCAUCCCCAGAAUAGCAAAGGACCUUGUGAAUAUUCUCGAUGAAACCGGUACAAAAGUAUCUAUAUCCACAGUAAAACGAGUCCUAUAUCGACAUAACCUGAAAGGCCGCUCAGCAAGAAAGAAGCCACUGCUCCAAAACCGCCAUAAAAAAAGCCAGACUAGGUUUGCAACUGCACAUGGGGACAAAGAACAUGCUUUUUGGAGAAAUGUCUGGUGAAACAAAUAUAGAACGGUUUGGCCAUAAUGACCAUCAUUAUGUUUGGAGGAAAAAGGUUGAAGCUUGCAAGCUGAAGAACACCAUCCCAAUCGUGUAGCACGGGGGUGGCAGCAUCAUGUUGUGGGGGUGCUUUGCUGAUGGAGGGACUAGUGCACUUCACAAAAUAGAUGACAUCAGUCAGGAAGUUGAAGCUUGGUCGCAAACAGGUCUUCCUAAUGGACAAUGACCCCAAGCAUAAUAUCAAAGAUGUGACAAAAUAGCUUAAUGAAAGUCAAAGUAAAGGUAUUGGAGUGGCCAUCACAAAGCCCUGACCUCAAUCUUUUGGAAAAUUUGUGGGCAGAACUGAAAAAGUGUGUGCGAGCAAGGAGGCCUACAAACCUGACUCAGUUACAACAGCUCUGUCAGGAGGAAUGGGCCAAAAUUCACCCAACUUAUUGUAGGAAGCUUGUGGAUGGCCACCCAAAAAGUUUGACCCAAGUUAAACAAUUUAAAGGCAAUGCUACCAAAUACUAAUUGAGUGUAUAUAAACUUCUGACCCACUGGGAAUGUGAUGAAAGAAAUAAAAGCUGAAAUAAAUCAUUCUCUCAACUAUGUUAUUCUGACAUUUCACAUUCUUAAAAUAAAUUGGUGAUCUUAAUUGACCUAAGACAGGGAAUUUUUACUCUGAUUAAAUGUCAGGAAUUGUGAAAAACCGAGUUUAAAUGUAUUUUGGCUAAGGUGUAUGUAAACUUCAGAGUUAAAAUGUACAUGCCUUGGAGCAUGUCUCUUUGCGUGUAUUGCUUUGCUUGUGUUUGCUUGUGUUUGAUUCAGAUGUGAAUUUGUUUGAAAGCCUGUCUUUGCACUUAUUUCUUAUGUUCAAGACCCCUCUUAAGAACAUUGUAGUCCGAUAACGUCCUCUCAAGUCCCUUAAGGUGACAUUUUAAGUUGUCACACAUCAAUGAAAGGCGAAAUAAUUGCUCACAAAAGAGCAGGAUUUAUUUUAAAACCUAAUUUUAUGAUGUCCAUGAAACGGUGGCAAUAAUAUAUUUAGAGCUAAUGUAAACAAUACAUUUAUUACACAGGUAUUCAAAUCAGGACCCAGAUAGAAAAAUUCCACCACUCAUUUUGAAAGAAAUGAAAUUUUAAUAAGAUAAUGUUGCCCUUGUGUUCUGUUGUGAAAUGCCUCGUAAAAUUAAUGUAAUUUUAUAUGUGCUGAUCAAGUUUGAGGUGGCAUUGAACUUUACAGACCUGAGACCUGGGUUUGGGCUCAGCCAAAGUCACUGAUAAUGUCACCUACAAAGCUUAGGCUAAUAUCUAACAGGUGACGGAAAGGUUAAAUCAUGACUGACACCCCAUCAUACUUCGAGUCAUGUAUAAAAAUGCCCAGUUGCCUGUUAUUUUGGCUACCAUGGCUAGAAGAAGAGAGCUCUGUGACUUUGAAAGAGGAGUCUCAAAGGAGCAUAUGGGGUUUAAAGUAAGUGUGUGUUUGUGUGGUGUGUGUGUGUGUGUGUGUGUGUGUGUGUGUGUGUGUGUGUGUGUGUGUGUGUGUGUGUGUGUGUGUGUGUGUCAGUCACCAGAUCUCAACCCAAUUGAACACUUAAGGAAGAUUCGAGAGUGGCGACAGCGUUUUAUACCACCACCAACAAAACACCAAAUUAUGGAAUUUCUCAUGGAAGAAUGGUGUCGCAUCCCUCAUAUAGAGUUCCAGAUACUUGUAGAAUGUAUGCAAGGAGCAUGGACAAUGUUCUGGUGGCUCGUGCUGGCCCAACGCCCUAUUAAGACACUAUGUUAUUUAGGCAGUUCCUUGAAUUUGAAUUGUUAUGGUCUCACUGAUAAAGGGGUUGCAAUGACUAGAAUAAAAUUAUUGUGACCCCUAGUAUCCAAACUACCACUGUAAGCACCAUUCCUAACACAAACCAACUCUGAAUCAUAUAAUUGUUCACCUUGAUACUACUGACUCUCACUAUCCUGCAUAGAACCUAAGGCAGGGAAUCUUUAAAUCAGCAUUGAUACGGUUCUACCCAGGGUUGCAGGUUACCAUUUUUUGUCAGAAAUCUUGUAGUUUUUCCUGAUCUGAUAACCUAACCAGAUAAAACUCACGACAAUAGACAGUAUGACGUGAUUAAUCUGUUGCAAAAAGGUUGAAUAUGGGCUCGGAUGGGACCAGAGUUUUCUUGUCAGGUCACAUGGUUUAAAAAAAACUCCUGAACUUGGGGGAGGGUGAAAACCAUGUCAAACUGCAGCAACCUUGUACUUGUUCAUAUUAAAAUAAAGACUAGGGAGGUUUCCUAUACACAGACAAAGCAACCAUUUUUUUUAAUCAAAAAUUGUGUUGGAUGUAUGUAACAGAUGAGCAGCAUUUUCUUGUGUUUAUCAACAAAGCACUCAUGCAGAAACUUCCUAUGUAUCUAUCAUCAUUAAUUCAAUUUAGACAUACAAAUGAUCAAACCCGGUCUCAGGCUUGGAUAGCACUGGAGGCCCCUCUGGUCUCCACAGAGUUGGGUAAAGCUGCUUUUCAUUUUUUUUGCACCCUUUAUAUGUAAAUGCUGCUGCAUGCAUAUAGAUAAUAUCCCCAUAGUCUAAAAUAGACAUUUAAGUGGCCUGGACAAUUUCCUUCCUUUAACAAAAGUCAGACAUGUGUCAUGACGUUGCCCUCUUUGGGUACAGCAAGCCCCAAGCCCCCUCUCCCUCUCCCUGCCUACACACAGGCUGAUGUGGUCAGAGAGAGGUCGUAAAUUCCUGGAGGAUAUUAUCUCCUCAUGGCCACAGUAUACAGACAGAGUGAAUUUUCAUAGAGAACAAAGGAAUUUCUUCCACUUCACAGAACUUGAGGUCCGAACAACAUUUAUGUUCUGGAGAAGGUAUAAAAGAUCGGUGUAGAAUCCAGCUACAAACUGGUCCGUAUGGUACAAGUCUUUGAUAUUAAUUACUAGUCUGCAGCUAGGAAUUCGGUAUCAUUGAACACGAAGACCGACAACCGCCGAAACAUCUAUCCAUAACAACCUGAAUGAAUGUCACUCUGAACUAUCCAUUCUAACCACGACAGAGAGGGUGGACAAACUCUCCAACAGAAACGAAGUUUUCAACAGAGAUCCUCGACGACACAAUAAACGUAAAUAUAUAUAUUGAUUGCAAUUGUUCCAGAAUGAGUGAGCGUUCAUGUGCAAAGGAUGAGCAUUUCAAUUGUUAUUAUUAUCAACUGUUUGUUGUCUUAUCUUAGUCGACCCCCACUCCCCUUUUGUACAGCAAGCCGCGAUGCCGGUUUAGCCCACUGGGGCACAUUCCCCGAUCAUUUCUUGUAACCAUAUUUACUUUGUUUGUUUGUGUGUGCACUUCUGUGAUUGUUUAGUUAGUUAAUAAAUAAAUGAUUA